AUGAAAGGAAAAUCUAGCAAUAUCAGACGUACAAGGUAUGGAUUGCUACUCCUUCCUGCUUUGUUAUUGAUAUCAUUGACAUCUAUCAAGCUACCAGUCAACCACCUGUGGCCAGAAUUUCCAGUUGAUAUAGUUCGAGCUGAUCCAUAUCUCACCAUCCAGAAAGCCACGGAUGACCCACUACUUGAUAAAAUUGGCCAGCCGGAUUUACACCCUUCGAAGCAGCACUUACACGAAGGUAGUAAAGCAAUGGUUGCAAGUGACGUUCCCGUAUGCUCUACUAUGGGUAAGGCCAUCUUAUUGAAGGGAGGCAACGCUGCCGACGCUGCAGUUACAGUUGCUUUGUGCAUUGGAUCUAUAAACGCACAUAGUUCAGGAAUUGGCGGAGGUGGGUUUAUUUUAAGUAGGAAUGUGGACAAAGGGGACGUCAUCAGCAUAGAUGCUAGAGAAAUGGCACCAUCAUUGGCAUCAAAGAAUAUGUUCGGAAAAUCAUUUGUAUUGAGUAAAAUCGGUGGUCUUGCUAUUGCAAUUCCCGGGGAGCUCAAGGGACUAGACGAGCUUUACAAACAGCAUGGAAGUGGUCGUCUAUCAUGGAAGCAGUUGUUUGAUCCAGUAAUCCAGUUGAAUGAGAGAGGAUGGAAUUGUUCAAAAGUUUUUGAAACUGUAGUUGCAAAGGAAGACGAGUUGGUGUUAUCACGAGUACCAGUUUUGAAGAAAAUGUGGGAUUUUAUAUUCACUGAGAGUGGCAAGCUCGUUAAAGAGGGUGAUUUUAUCCAACGUAAGAAUUACGCAAGGACAUUGAGAUUGAUUGCCAACAAUGGAAGUAGCGAUAUCUUUUACGAUCCAGAGGGUCCAAUUGUUCCAUCUUUAGUUGAUACAAUUGCUGAAUGGGGUGGUAUUAUCACACCACAGGACUUUUCCAACUACAAAGUAAAUGUUGAAGAGCCGUUGACUUCAUACAUCUACGGUCGUACCCUUUACACUAGCAAUGGGAUUUCAUCGGGGAUUUCUCUAAUUGCUGGCUUGAACUUUUUCCACGCUGUUUACAAUGGAUCAGACGAUGCGGUUUCGUUCAACCAUAAAUUAAUUGAAAGUUUCAAAUGGUCCAGUUCAGUUCGAACUCGUUUAGGCGAUAUAUCGGAUAGACAAAAGGUGUUGGAGAAGUAUUGUGGUGAUGGAUGGAUCAAUGAAGUCUUGGAACAGGAUAAAUUUUCCGAAAAUGAAACAUUUCCAUGGAGCAAUUACGAUCCAAAAUAUGAUAUGGUUGAUCCUCAAGGUACUUCACACUUUUCAAUUGUUGAUGAAGACGACAAUUCAGUUGCAAUGACCACAACAGUGAACUUGCUCUUUGGAUCAAUGAUCUAUGACAAAAACACGGGAAUAGUUCUUAACGAUCAAAUGGAUGAUUUCAGUCAACCAAACGUGAGCAAUGCAUUUAAUUUAACCCCAUCUAUAUACAAUUUUGUCCAACCUGGAAAGAGGCCAUUAAGCUCAACAUCACCAACCAUCAUAACCUAUAAUAACAAAAGUGAUUUAGUUAUCGGUGCAGCCGGUGGUAGCAGAAUCACGAAUACAAUUCUUCAAGCAAUCGUGAGAAUGUAUUAUAGAAACACCGGGUUACUCGAGACUAUUGCUUACCCUAGAAUGCAUCACCAGUUGAUACCUGAAGAUGUAAUGAGUGAAAAUAUUACCACAUUUGCAGAAGAAUUCAAGGGACAUGGUAUUGUACAUAAGUUGGAGGCCAAAAGGCAUACAUUCUUGGAGACUGGGGCAUUGACAGCAAUGAACGGAAUAAAAAGGAUAACGGAUGGCACAUUGCAAGGUGUUAGUGACUACUGGAGAAAACGUGGAGAGGCCGAUGGAUAUUGA